AUGAGCACUCACAUCAAGUGUGCUGGGAGUGUAGAGGAGAAGGCGAAGCAGCAAGGCUCUGAGAAGGCUUCACGGCAGGGGCAGCGUGUGAAAUGGCUCUUAGGGGAAGAGGAGCGUUUUCGUGGACAAAGAGUGGUCUGUAGGCCACCCCAGUCUGCAGGAACGAUGUGUUCAGCGCACCCUUCCCUGUCUGUACCUGUGGAUACAAAGCAUCCUGCCUUUGAGCACCUGAAUGUUCACCCACACCCACCUCUAGCUGCUCUCCAAGCAGCCACCUUCGUGCUUGUUUAUAACCUUGGCGAAGCUAACACUUCCCUGUCUAAACCUGUGGAUACAAAGGCUGUGCUCUCUUGCCCUCCGAUCACCCAGAAAGCUGUGCUGGUAACAAUAAGAUGGGAAAUAAUCCUCAGAGACAAGCCUUCCUGCACCAGAGCCUACAGGAGAGAUACAAAUGAGACCAGGGCCAUAAACUGUAGUGACGAGACAAUAUCCUGGGACUCCAGACCUGAUCGGAAUCCUGCCCUUCAGAUCGAUCCAGUGGCCAUCACUCAUGAUGGAUAUUACAGGUGUGAAGUGGUCACAACUCAUGGGCAUUUCUAUCAUGGAUAUCACCUGACAGUGUUAGUGCCCCCCGAGGUGACGCUGUUUCAACUUGAGAAUGGAACUAUCGUGUGUAGGGCAGCUGCAGGGAAGCCAGCGGCGCAGAUCUCCUGGACCCCAGGGGGAGAUUGUCACACUGUGGAAGAGCCACUGGGCAAUGACACAGUGACCGUCCAGAGUUCGUGCCGCUGGGAGGACCACCGGGUGUCUAAGGUGUCCUGCUCUCUGUCCCAUCUGACUGGCAACAGGAGUCUGUCCAUAGAAUUGAAUCAAGGUGUCAUAGUCCUGGGAUUUCCACCAUCAACCUUACUCAUCGUUCUCUAUGUGAAAUUUUCUCUAUUCCUGGUUAUCCUCGUCAUUGUGGGAUUCAUCUACUUCCAGAGAAUAAAAGAUUGCAGAGAUUAUGCAACAGAUGUAACUUCAGAAGAUAGUAAUGAUAGGUAUGAGAGCCAUCUCUAUAACAGUUCCAGAAGAAUUGUUGGUUAUAUUCCUAUCCAAAACAUGCUUUCUUUGGCAGCCUCCCCAGAGGACUGUGAAGUCAUAGCGCAUAAACUAUCCAACUCCUACCUCUGCAGGAUGGUGAAACAGACUCGAGACUUGCCAAGUGCAGCUGUUCUUAGGCAAGGGCUCUCUUUGGCCAGCAGAAACCAGCAGAUACACAGGCAGUGCGCACGCACGCACCUGGAGGACCACAGAGCGUCCAUCUUCAUGCUGUUGUCAAGCUUUCGGGAGACACCAUCCAUGUUCUCCCAGUCACUCCAGAUCUUUAGUUAA